AGGGCCGGUCAUUUUUUCGCAGUACGCGCGAGUGCGAAAGCAGGAGCUGCAGCCGCUGCAGGCGCAGGUACAUCGCGCCCUCGGAGAAUCCCUGGCCGCGUCGUCGCCGUCGUCGGCGGGGAAGAGACAGUGAACGAUAGUUUUGACCAGACCGUGGUUUUGACAGUGAAAUCGAGAGAUUGUCUUUCGUCGUUUGUGCUUUUAUCAAAUUGUCCGUGUUAGUGAAAUUCACCAUCCUUUAGGCUCAAUAUCAAAGUGAAUAUAUAACGAAAUUACGAUGUCGUGGGCGGAUGACGAAGCUGCACCGUGGGACGUUGAGGAACCGGCUGCGGAAGCGGUUGUCGAGGGUGCAGGGGAAGGUGCGCCAGCCGAGGCAGCUACCACUGACAGACCGGUCCUGAAAUUAUUGAAGCUCGAGCCUCCGCAUUACAACCAUCAUUGGGUUCGACCACUGUUCCUCAAUUAUGCGUAUCUUUACGAUUAUAGGAAGAACUAUUACGACGACGUGAUCGACUAUCUUGAUUCGAGGCAGAAGGGUAUAUACCGCGAGCCACCUAGAGCUCAGGAAUGGGCGGAAAGGGCUUUGAGAACCUACGAUGAAAAGAAUAUAGAUAAAAGCUUCAAGCGAUCGGCCGACAUGAAGUACCUCACCAAUAUGAAACGCAUCCAGACAUCCAGACAUUAUAGCUACCAUACUCGUGCCUACUAUAGUUUGAAAUAUCAGAAGAUCCUGUGAAUCCCGCUCUGUUAAAAGCUGUUAAAAGGCAAUCAUCAAAGACAACUAAAAUCUCAUAUAUCCACUCACGUGUAUGCAGUCUCUCACGUGUAGGUCUUUAUCAAUAUUUAUUUUUUAACGUAACAUCUUUUUAAUCUAAUUAUCUCUGUUGUGUCGUCUUUUUGCGACUUGACAAUUUUUAUUAGAUGUUUUGUAUAAGCUAGUAAUAUAAAUAGGAUUGCAAUUCAAAUGUGUUUGAUGAUACUGACAAAAUCGAUAAUGCAACGUCUGCCUAUUGUAGCUAAAAUGAUGUAUAUUUGUACACUCUUUUUUGACAUGUGGUGUAUCAUUAAAAAAAAAUUGGCAUUGUAAAAUAUAUCUUCACUCUUAAACGU